AUGACUGAAUUCUGCUGCUUCUCUGCUCCCAUCCACUCAUGCCCAGGUGGGCCUGGAGUCAAGACAGGUGGGCUGGAGAGGGAGGCCAGAGUCAGAGGGGCCUCAGGGUGGUGUGACGCCACUGAAUCUGUGUGUCCCUGGAGAGGAGCUGGCUUCCCGGGACCACCUCCCUGCGGUGAGGAGCUGCCUGGCCCGUGCCAGUGGGAGGAACGGGGCACCUUUGGGCUGCUGGCUGUGGACGGUGGGUUGAGCAGAGAGCCUGAUGCUGGGGAUACUGCCUUGGGAGAGGGCAGCCCCGAGGAGGGGUAUCUGGUACUUUUAGUUUCCUAA